UCUUGUGCUGGCAAAACUUCUCUUCAGGAAGGACGUUUAACAGCCAAAAACAAAUGUGGACAGAAGGAUAAGAUGAAUUCGCGGGUACAUUACCGUUUAAAAACUACUGUUUGGUAUCUUCCAACAGACAGGGUAACUUUGUGGCAUAAUAUUUUCCGUCUACAUCCUCGAACAUGUAGGACUCCACCUUCUCCUGCUGCAAAGACUUAUUCAAAAGUCUUGCUGGAUGUAAAUGUGUCGCUCCAUUGUUGAUUUCUUCCGAAACAUAUUCAUGGCUCAAGGAAGUUACAUCUUGAGAAAUGUGUCAGGUCAAAGCACUGAAGAGUGUGUUCCUAAGUACCUGGGGAUUGACUAUACUUAUCAGUCGAACUUGGACUGCCUCAAGUGUGUGGAUGGUUUCCAAGACGAUACCACCAUUAAGCGGCUAAGCCUUAAGAAGAGGCCCGGAGUGGCCGUCGGUAAUGGGAAGAAAACACAGAGUGGCAUUUCAUCCAGCCAGUGGUAUUCUGCAGAGUCCUUGUCUUCAUCUGGCAGUGAUAAUGCAAGACUUCUGGGCAUGUCUUGUACAGCUAGAGGUAGACCUCCUCUUCCUCCACCACAUGGUUCCUCACUGGAUAACAAAUCCAACAGGAAUGAGGUUCCAGCGACCUCUCAAACACUCACAGAGUCAAAACCUCAGCCCGCUGCAAGAUCUCUUGGUUUACAAAGACAAAGCCCUGUGAUUGAAAAGACCACUGUGGAGACCCACAAGGCCUUGAAUCAGGAGGUGAAGAGCCAGACUCCACCUCAGCCCUUUCCCCGUAGACGACUUGCCAGCUUUGGAGGCGUAAGCUCCCCUGGGUCACUCUCGCCCUUUACUGGCCUUGGUGCAUAUAAUCAAAACAACAAUGGGAACAAACCUACUGGCACAGGAGCUGAUUUGCAUGCCCACCUUAACUCAUCGCUGGGCAGCAGAGGCAGCACAGGCUGUCUGAGGCUGAGCCCACAGAGCUCUGGUAGAACCACUCCAGUUUCAGGUCUUGGCUCCAUGCAUCUGCAGCAUGUCCGCGAUCAGAUGGUGGUAGCUCUGCAAAGGUUAAAAGAGCUGGAGGAGCAGGUGAAAAUCAUCCCGAUCCUCCAGGUGAAAAUAUCAGUCCUCCGGGAGGAAAAAAGGCAGCUGGUCUCUCAGCUCAAGAACCAAAGUGACAGCGAGGGCAUAAAUGAUGUGAUCUGGAAAAGAUCAUACAGCAUGGACGAGCCUUACAUUGAGAACAGGAUGAAUACUGAAGAAGAGCUUGAAGAGAUAGUGAAAAAUGACUGCUCCAACCUUACGGAAUUCAGGCAACUAAAUGAAGAGUUGCAGGCUUUAGAGAGAGCUAUCAAAGGUGGGCAGAUGCAAGCAUGGCAUGGAAAAGGUCGUAGCCCUCUGCAUGACAAGGCUAUCACAUCAGUCGAAGUUGGAACUAAAAAAGAUAUGGAUAUGACAUUGUCUAAACCCUUAAAAGAAGACAAAUGUGUGUACACUGAUCAGGUAGACACGAGGUCUAUAGCAACAGAAGUGUGUGAAGUUAAUCUUGGAAUUUACACAGAGCAUGAGGCAGAGCUUGAUGCUCAACAACUAAUAAAUGCUGCCUUGAAGGAGAGAAUCUGUCAGUUAGAAGCACAGUUGAAAGAAUCAGCUCUCCAGACAGAGUUGACACGUCUGAAACUGGAACUUCAGACUGCAGGUGCCAGGAACCGAGCUGACAAGGCCUGCUUUGCUAAGCCGUCCACUGAAAGCACAGGCACAGAGGCAAGGCCUCUCACCAAAAACCAGGGAGUAGGUAAUCACAUAGAGCUUCAAGAUGCCAGCACAGGAGAUACACUAGAGGUAAAGACUGUUGAAGUAUCUUGUGAGCCAAAGAUGAAGAAUGUUUGCACAGGACCAGAUGUUCCCAUGAGCUACUGGGAGGUGAGAGAGCAAGUGGAGACCAGGGAAAAGGCCGUGGGGAUCCAGGUUUUUACAAACACACAAGGAGUUGGAACUGAGAUAAGGGUAUGUGAUGCAGAAAGCAACACAGAGGUGCCAGUGGAGAAUCUUGGGUCUAAGACAGGAAAUAUCGAGCAUCGUUCAGUGGCUUGUGGAGAUUGUUCUGUUGAUGUGAUCCUUUGUGAGGCCAAAGAAGUGGCUUCUCAUGGAAUGACCACAGAUCCAGUCAGAGGAGUUGAUCUGGGAAUCAUGGCAUCACCUCAGACAGCUUCACAGCGCACCAACACUGUAUCCAGUUCAGUGUCUCGCUUUACUAACACCACACAUGCCUUCAGCACUGACUCCAGCACGAAUACGCUCCUCAGUACCCAAAACAAGCACACCAAUACUCCUCACACUCCCACUCGGACAGUGUCUGUAGGCAACAGAGUCAGAGACAUUCAAUGCACCGCUGAGACCCGUACGAUUGGUAUCGGUACUGCAAAUGUAUUAGAACGUUUUUUUAAACAAACACCAGAGACAGCGAUCAAGCUAACUCGAGACGCUGGUGUUGGGUACACUAACAUUAAUGACAAUUUCCUGGUUGGACUGAAAACUCGAAAUAUGGCCUCUGGACCAUCCCAUCUUCCUGACCCUAUCAAGACAAAGAGUGUCGGCGUCGGGGAGGGGAGGAUACGGAAUUUGUCAGUUUCAUCCAGUACACCUGGACAGAAUUUCCAGCAGCCUACACAGCUCCAGUGGGACCAUGAACUGAAUCACUACAUAGAAAAAAUGCAUAGACUCCUGAAGGAGCAUGGAGACCUGCUCACAGAGAACUCCACUGACCAUUACAGCAGCCAAGGAAACACCACCUCUGAUCAGUUCUGCAACAACAAAGCUGCAGCACAAGGAGGAACAGAAGUCCAUCGGUUCAGUUCACAGCCAACAGCCAACAGAGACUGUCAGUCUGCAUUUCAACUUUCAGUUGACUCUGUGAAGUGUGACAAAGAAAAUCCAGGAACCAGUCAACAGGGUGGUAAUGAUUCAGAGGUGAAAAGGAUGAUUAAACUGUUAGAACAGCAGGCAUCCUCAACUCUGCAAGACAGAUCAACAAGUGCUGGUAAACCUCGGUCCGCAAUAAAGAAGCAGAAUGGAGACCAGUCCUGUAGCAACAACAGGAAAAGCAUGAAGUUUAUGAAGGUUUCUGCAGGAUUGGACCCUGUGUCAAUUUACAUGCACGAAGAAGCAGAAAGAAGGGGAAUCAAAACGUUAGGAGACACCUCUCACGAUGGAAUCCAAGCAAGAAGAGGAAAAGAUGGUUCCAACAUGGGACUGAAAAGGCCUGCAAAAUUAUAUACACAACAGAGGCGUAAGUUAAGUGAAAGGAUGUUUUCUGCUUGCCAAGCCCUGAAGAUGCACCUGAGUGAUGACACAGCCUUAUCCAGCCGGGAGUUGCAGGACUGUCUACACACACUCCAGGAGGAGUGGUUCUCUGUGUCCAGCCACAAGGCAGCAGCUCCUGACACUGUAGAGGACUACUUAUCUACGUUUCGGGUCAUUUCACCCUCGGUAUUGCAGUACAUAGUUAAUAUGGCUGACGGCAAUGGAAAUACAGCGCUACACUACAGCGUGUCUCACUCCAACUUUGGCAUCGUCAGAAAGUUGCUCGAUGCAGAGGUGUGUAAUGUGAAUCAACAGAACACAGCAGGUUACACACCCAUCAUGCUGGCUGCACUCGCAGCUGUGGACAAUCCAGAGAACAUGAGGGUGCUGGAGCAGCUGUUCACAAAAGGAGAUGUCAAUGCCAAGGCCAGUCAGGCUGGUCAGACGGCUCUGAUGCUUGCUGUGAGCCAUGGCAGGAUAGACAUGGUGCAGGCCCUGCUAGCACUGGGAGCAGAGGUCAACGUCCAGGACGACGAGGGCUCCACGGCGCUGAUGUGUGCUAGCGAACAUGGCCAUGCUGACAUUGUUAAACUACUGCUGGCACAGCCGGAGUGUGAUGCCACCCUGACUGACAGUGAUGAAAGCACAGCCCUGUCCAUCGCAUUAGAGGCAGGGCAUAAUGACAUUGCAGUGCUCCUUUAUGCUCAUGCCAACUUCUCCAAAGGACUGACAGGGUCUAUCGGUCGUCACAGUGGCAAGUCUCUUUCUACUUCUGGUGGAAGAAAUAUCUUUGAAUGAGCUGAUGCCCCAAAGCCUGAACUGAUUCUUCAUGAAGCUUAUUUAUGAGGUGAUUCAAUGUCCAAGGAUUUUAACAGGCACUUACCAAGUUAGUCUGAGUGAUUCUAUAAGAAUCAUAAUUCACCAUGUGACAGAAUGCUGGUUAUUCCCCACUGGCGUGCAUACAAGUGUAGCAUUUGCAUAAUAUGAAAUGGUAUGUCUUAUACUAUAACUCAGCAGGAUUAUAUAAGCAUGGCAGAGUAGAUUACUAUUCUAUAUUCAUAGAUAGUAGAUAAUGUUGUAUCCUGCAGUCAUUAUACACUUUUUUCUUUAACUGUCUAAAAUCUUUUUUGUUACUCAUUUAGAAAAGCAGAACAUUAAAACUUUAUAUAUCCAUAUUUUUAUUGUAAUGUGUUAAAAGGAAUUAUUUGUAUUUAGAACGUAAUGCUUUUAUCUAUCUAUACCAGAAAAUGUGUGACGCAUAAUAUGUAUUUUAAACACGUUCCAUUUUGUCAAUUUAUCAACCAAAACUACAACCACAUGCAGUAAUAGUACAACUGUAGUGCAUCUGUUGUUUGAUGUUGAUGAUAUGUAAAUAAAUAUUUCAACACUUUGGGAAAUAGACUUAUUGCUGUCUUGCUGAGAGCUACAGGAGAAGAUUGAUACCAACUUCACAUCUUGUAGACAUAAAUGUAGAGCCAGUAGCCUGGAAACAGAAACAGCCUGGUUGGCUUGUAACCUCACAGUGAGGACACAACUCCAGAAAAUCACUGUGGCCUGGGGAAAAAUAGGCACGUAGCCUACCAUGAAACAACAGCUCUCAUAUUCAUACUUUAAGUUAUGUACAGAGACAAAAAACGUGUUAAUAGUGUGGAGAUGCUAGGUGGCAGAUGUCUGUUUACCUUUGGACACAGCAAAGAUGAAUGUAGAGAAAACAAAAAACCUUCAAUAAUUAAUAAUGACCCUAAAUCACAAAGAUGUGAAUUUACAGGACUUCUGUGUUUGAUAGGUAGUUUGCAGUGGAAUUUUAACAUUACAUUAUGCACAUGGAAGAUUCGCACAGGAUUAAGUUUACAGACAACCUCUGCAUUUAUUACAAAUGUAGGUCCUCAGGUAAUACUAGUCCCAUACAAAUAUGGCUAAAGCUGCAAUUUAACCUUUUCAUAAGCCAAACCAUCUGGACCAGGUACCUCUCUUACCUAAACCUGAUCAAGUAGUUUUUGCACCUAAAUCUAACCUAACAGUGAAUGAAAACCAUCCCUGUUUUUACUUCGAUUAUUUUUUCGAACAAAACUCUACGUUGUUUCAAUAUAUAGAUCAUAUCAAACUUUAGGAGCACGUGACCGAUAUGGCUGGAGAGCUGCUUGACAGUAGGACAAGGACAAAGUAAUCAGCUUUCUCAUCUUCUCACUUUAUGGCAAGAAACCAGUUCGGUCUAUUUCCUAAAAUGCUGAACGACAGCGUCAAGUGGCCUCUAUGUUACCAUGGAUAUUUCGACAGUGAUGAAGGCUGUACAGCUGAAUGUUUUUUUUCUUUUCUGGAUAUAGUGACAUCAUUAAUUACAAAGUUAUCCAAUAAUUGUAGGAUUUGAUUAUUAAACAUUUGUUUCAGUUAAAUAGACACAUUUAUAUGAGUUACCAUUAUUGUUAUCAAUGUCAUGAAUGGAAUCUAAUUAAAAUUCUAAAAAAUCUAA